AUGGCCCUGCAGAUGAUUGGCGCUGUUCAGUGCGGGGGCCAGACAAGCUCAGAAAGAGACAAGAACUUCAACCAGCAGAAACUCAACCCACAACAAGAGCUAGAGCUUGUGAGAUAUAUCGAAAAGCUCACAAAGCGAGGCAUCCCUCCUACACGAGAGAUGAUUAGGAAUUUCUCAUCAGAAGUAGCCCAUCAGCAGCUCAGCGAGAGCUGGGUUACUCGCUUCAUCAACCGACACGAGAUCUGUAACUGCGUGAGCAGUGUCGGGUGGAGGCUGUGGAUCAACGAUGGUAUUGCUAUCUGUUGUCGUGUUGUGAUGUUUGUGUACAAGAGCUCUCGGCUCAGAGUCACUGUAUAA